CUCUAUUCAUCCGUUAACGCGUGAAUUGCUACCAAAAUCCGGUCUGAAAAAUAGAGCGGCAGACCGGCUUCAUUUUAAAUUCUUCAUUCGUUGUCGAGCGAGUCGAGCCCCCGCAAGGAAAAGUUCGCAGUUUCGUGUGUCUCGUUUGCUUUCAAAGUCUAGCGGUUAAAACACCCGGAACGAUCCCCGCAAAAUGCCUGCCAAAGCUGUCUGCGUUCUUAAUGGCGAUGUCAAGGGCACCAUUUACUUCGAGCAAAAUGGUGACUCUGUGAAGGUGACUGGUGAGGUGACGGGUUUGACGGCAGGAAACCACGGCUUCCACAUCCACGAAUUCGGCGAUAACACCAACGGGUGCACCUCGGCUGGACCGCAUUUCAACCCCCAUGGUAAGGAACACGGUGGCCCGGACGCUGCCGUUCGCCAUGCUGGCGAUUUGGGCAAUGUGGUUGCCGAUGGCAGUGGAGUGGCCAAGGUAGACAUCACAGACAAACAGAUUUCGCUGGACGGACCGCAGAGCAUCUUAGGGCGUACCGUGGUCGUGCAUGCUGACCCCGAUGAUUUGGGUUUGGGUGGCCACGAGCUGAGCAAGUCCACUGGAAACGCAGGUGCACGACUUGCCUGCGGUGUCAUUGGGAUUUGCAAAGCCUAGGGCGGCAUCUAAGCUUUAGGUUUAUGUGAAUGCUUCAGAGCAUUUGUUUGAAACGGUCAUUCUAUCUUUUUCUAAAAUGAAACCCAAACUUCCCUGUGGGAAAUGGAAUCUGUGUCCUUAUACAGACUUGCCUUAGGCGGUCUCAAAAAAUAUCAUACCUAACCUGUUUUUGGUCUUGUGGUAAAAUAAAGCUGGAUUUUCGUUAAGUGUAA